AAUAGAAAGCACUUUAUCAGAUAGUAACGUCUCAUCAUUUACCAACACAAACCCCUCCCCCUUUAACCAUAAUCGAUUCAUUCGACGCUCAGCAAUCAACCUGACGCCCCGAAUUUUCUCAACUUUGUGUGUCUUUUCAUUUAAACCAGGAAAAUCAUUCCUUACUUUUUCUCUACUUUAUACAACAAGUUUAUUGAAAAACUUGAAACUCUUUGUAAUAAUUUGAAGCCAAAGCCAACCUUUAAGGUCGCCAUCUCUAAAUCAUGGAUAAAGUGGUUGGUGCCUUGGCGACGAUAGGCGAGAUUAAAACCAGAUUGGAUGACGAUUGGGUCGAUAGGUUAUCAAGACGUUAUACAACUUCGUUUUUGGUGCUGUUUGCCCUCCUAGUCAGUACGAAGCAAUACGUUGGUGAACCUAUACAUUGUUGGCUACCGGCUCAGUUUACUCACAAUCACGAGAAGUAUGCCAAUAACGUUUGUUGGGUUGUUAAUACCUACUACGUUCCGACCAAAGUUAAGCGCCUCCCAAACAAAGACGCUCAGAAAAUGCAUAUUGCUUAUUACCAAUGGGUACCAAUGUUACUAAUAUCACAGGCGAUACUUUGUUUCCUACCAUGUGUCGUCUGGCGUCUAAUUAGGCGGAAGUCGGGUGUUAAUUUAAACACUGUCAUGGACAGCGCUCUAUCUUGUAGUCGAGGACCGUACGAAGCUUCUAGAGAAAGGACAAUGCGCUAUUUACUGUCUCAUCUGGAACGCCACCUCUGCUCUCACGAACACAAACGCAUUGAGCAUAAGAAUUGCGCCAAGCGUCUCUAUGCAUCCUUGGCUAAACGCUGUCUGUGCGUUGCGUCCACUUUACAUGGAAACUAUUUAACCUGCACAUAUUUAGGGGUGAAACUAUUAUACGUCGUGAAUGCUGUUGCCCAAUUAUUCCUAUUGAAUCUCUUUUUGGGAACUGACUAUCAUAUGUACGGGGUUCAUGUAAUUACGUCACUUCUAGAAGGCAAUAACGCUUGGGCGAAAUCCUCCCAAAUAUUUCCAAGAGUCACAAUGUGUGACUUUAUAGUAAGAAGGUUAGCAACCCAGCACAGCCAUACUGUGCAAUGUGUCCUGCCGAUUAACCUAUUCAAUGAGAAGAUUUAUUUAUUCCUAUGGUUUUGGUUUGUCUUCCUGGCCGUUGUUAGCUUUUUUUCUUUACUGCAGUGGAUAAAACGAAUUGGCGGUUAUACAGCAAGAGUUAUAUACAUUCGGAAACAGGAGCGUGACUUAGAACAAUUCCCUAUUAUAUUUUCUUAAUCAUUACUUGAAUAAUUACAUUCUCGAGACAAUUCUUCAAAAAUGAGAUACUAUAAUGUUUUAUAAUAUCAAAGAAGCGUUAACGUUUAACAUUUUCUAUAAUAUUUUAAAAAUUCCUAAAUUAAAUAUUUCGUUAUUAAUAAGUAAAAAAAAGGGAGAUGGGAAAGGUGAAGGAUGAAUUUUAUAUGGGAUAUCUAAUCACGCUCCAGUUAAAAACUUUUGGUCGAAUAACUAAAGAAACUGAAAUUAUAACGGAAAAAUUUGUCUCCGAGUAUCUCAAGCAAGAUGGGGUUUUUAUCUGUUGGUUAGUAGCGAAGAACAUUGGCGAAAUGGCGUCGGCCGAAAUCGCUUGCGGAUUAUGGGAUGAAUACGGCAAGGAGCAUCGAUUGAUUAGGGAUAGGCUGCCACUAGAGGACGUUCUUUGUGUCUGAUUACUUCUUUUCUUAACAUUGAAUUAUAAUUUAGGCCUAUAAAUUUGAUUUAUAUUCUAUUUUACUAUGACUAUAUUUUAUUACCCUUAAUUAAUCACCUACGUACUACUUUUUUCAACUCCCGCUUUGCCUUUCUCUAAUUUUCUAUUCUUAAUUCUUCUUUUAAUCUUUUCUCUUCUGUAAUUGUCUGAUUUUAUUAAGGAAAACAUAGAGAUUGUUUUCGCUAAGAAUGUUAUUUGUCUACAAGUCUAUACUAUUACAUUUAACAUUCACACCCAGAUUUCCUGGUAAUUUUUCUUCACAUCUAAAGACAGCUAAGGUUAAAUGUCGUUUAUUUAGUCUGAUUUUGUGGUAAUUCUCCAAAAGUCCAAUGGAAAUAUAAAACAAAGCCAAAGGAAUUGGAAAAAUUGAUACGUCUAAAAAAGUCUCUUACUGUCUAUGUCUAUGUCUCUGACUCUCUCUCUCUCUCUCUCUCUCUCUCUCUCUC